AUGAGUGUAACAGUAAAAUCCGAGCGUCAAUCGACGCAGAUUGAUGUAAAAAACGCGUCUGCUUCAGUUGCAGAAACAAAAAAGCGUAAAUCAACACCAUCAACUAAUGGCAGAUCUAAAAAAGUUAAAACCGAAGACGAAGAUAAAAAACCAGCUUCUGCUAAGAAAAAAGAAACUGUCCCUACCAAAACAAAAUCUACUGCUUCUAAUGGUAAAUCGAAGCCAGCUACAACUAAAAAAAGUACUCCCAAAACAAAGGCUUCCCCUAAAGCUGCAAAUACCCCUAAAAAAGAAGAAAGCGAAGACCUGGAUGAUUAUCCGGAGGAUGAUGAAGAAGAAGAGUAUAAAUGGUGGGAACAAUCUGAAGAUACUGACAAUUCAAUCAAGUGGACUACUCUUUCUCAUAAUGGGGUUCUUUUUCCACCUGAAUAUGUACCUCUUCCUAAGAAUAUCCAUCUUAUUUAUGAUGGAAAGGCAGUCUCUCUUCCCCCCGAAGCAGAGGAGGUUGCAGGGUUUUUUGGUGCAAUGGUUGAAACCGAUCAUGCCCAGAAUCCUGUUUUUCAGAAAAACUUUUUUAAUGAUUUUGUUGCGGUAUUGAAAGAAACUAAACAGCCAGCUCUCGAUAAACAGACCAAUACACCGGUCCGUAUCCAAAGCUUCGAAAAAUGUGAUUUCACGGUUAUGCAUAAUUAUUUUUCAGCAGAACGAGAGAAAAAGCGUAAUCUUCCGUCGUCUGAAAAGAAAAGGAUUAAAGCUGAGCGCGAUGAUCUCGAAGCUCCUUAUAAAUUUGCGUUUUUAGAUGGUCGCAAAGAGGCUCUUGGUAAUUUUAGAAUUGAGCCUCCUGGUCUUUUCCGAGGACGUGGUGCUCAUCCCAAAACUGGAAAGCUGAAAAGAAGGGUUAAACCUGAAGAUAUUACAAUAAAUAUUGGUAAAGAGGCUAAGAUACCUGAACCACCAUCAGGACACAAAUGGGCCGAGGUCAAACACGAUAAUACUGUUGCCUGGCUUGCAACUUGGCGUGAAAAUAUCAAUGGUGCUACUAAGUAUGUCAUGCUAGCUGCAACUUCUUCUCUUAAAGGUAUGAGUGAUUUCAAAAAAUUUGAAAAAGCUCGCGAGCUCAAAAAUCACAUUAAUCGUAUUCGAAAGGACUACGUAAAGGAACUGAAGGAUCCUACCAUGCUUGCUCGUCAACGUGCUACUGCAACUUAUCUCAUUGAUGUGCUUGCCUUAAGAGCAGGUGGUGAAAAGGGAGAAGAUGAAGCCGACACUGUAGGUUGUUGUUCUCUUCGUUAUGAACAUGUUUCUUUAAAACCCCCCAACAUUGUUGUUUUUGACUUUUUGGGUAAAGACUCCGUGCCUUACCAUAAUGAAAUGGAAGUCACACCUCAAGUUUUCAAAAACUUAAAGAUUUUCAAAAAGCCGCCCAAAGUCACUGGUGAUCAAAUUUUUGAUCGUUUGGAUCCAUCUAUUCUUAACAAGCAUCUUCAAAAUUAUAUGCCUGGUCUUACAGCUAAAGUGUUCCGUACAUUUAACGCUACACAUACAAUGCAACAACAAUUGGAUCUUAUUCCUAAUAAAGGUACAGUAGCGGAAAAAAUUGUCGCCUAUAACUCAGCUAAUCGGCAAGUUGCUAUUUUGUGUAACCAUCAAAAAGCAAUUGGCAAAACCCAUGAAACUACAAUCGAAAAGAUUGAAGAUAAGAUCAAAGAAUAUAAGUGGAAACGAACCAUUCUCAAAAAGACCAUGGUUGCGAUUGAUCCUAAUAUCAAAAAGAAACGCAAAGCUUAUUUUGAAGAUAUGUCCGAAUUUACCAAGGCUGAACUUGUUGAAAUUGUUAAAAAGUUUUACGAACGUGAAAAAGAAAGAUGGACUAAAAAGUUUGAGCGAAUGUUUGAACGUCAAAAGAUAGAAAAGGUUCCCGUUGAAGACAAGGUCUAUCAAAAGGACUUAAAGGAAAAGAUUAGUGGCAUUAAGGCACAGGAAAAGGCAUCUUUGGCGGAUGUCAAGAGUCAAAAGAUUGAGCCUAAGCCUAGUCAAACAAUUGAAAAGCUCGAAGCUCAGGUUGCCAAGUUAGAUGAACAGAUUAAGAAUACUCAGCUUAAUCUUCAAGACAAGGAGGAUAACUCACAAGUUGCAUUGGGCACCAGUAAGCUCAAUUAUAUCGACCCUCGUCUAACAGUCAUGUUCUCCAAAAAGUAUGAUGUUCCAAUUGAAAGACUUUUUGGGAAGUCCAUGCGUGAAAAGUUCAAGUGGGCAAUUGAGAGUGCUGAUGAAAAUUGGAGAUUUUAA